AAACCAAUCAAAUUCCAUAAAACAAACAAAGAAGGAAAAGCGUCAAGUGAUCUGCUAAGAGUAUUCAGCAGUGCUAUCAUUACUAGUCUUAGUUUUGUGAAAAAAAAAAUACAAAAAGUAUAAUGUCCAUAGAAUUAAUAGAAAUUACAUGAUUUUAAUGUGUUUAAUAGUCUCUCAAAAGUUGUUUUGUUAAUCCCUUGUAUUUUAAAUUACUCAAACAAUAUGAGAUCAAAGUGGCUACACUCGGAAAUAUUGGCUAUUAUAAUUUUUUGUACAGCAACAAAAUGUUCUUUACAAAGGAUUCAAGAUGAAAAUAUAAAAUGUGAAUUGUCUGAUACCUUCUAUCCGUUUCUUUGGAAUGAUCAUGCUCCAAGAGAUAAUCGAUCUAGUGGAAAUUUCUCAGAGUCUAACAAUAGCACCGAUAUACUAAAAUGUACAGCAAAUUGCUGUAAAUCAAGGACAUGCAAUGUUGCUAUGUUUUAUAACAAAACAUGCUUUCUGAUUGAAUGCUUUACAUCAGCCGCUUGUUUACCGACUAAGAGGAACCUCUCAUCUGUGGAUUUAGAAAUGGUUCUCGUCAGGACUGUCGAAUCAGAGCAUACAACAUGGGAGGAAGCCAUAAAGAGUGAGAGCGAAGAGAAAGACGUCCAACAUGAGACAUCGAAUGACGGAAAUCCAAACAUGGAUUUCUUACAGCACUUUUAUAACUACGAUGUUAAGGAGAAACUUUACAAGACUCUACAGCAAAUGUCAUCGCGUGAAAAUGACGGUAAAAUACCAAGAAUUUAUGGUCAGGAACGAUAUUCAAAUGACGAUGACAUUAAUAAUUCACUCAACUUUGAAGGGAGCAUGAAGGACAGUAUUGAUAGUGUUAGAUUUUGUGGUCCAGGCUUUGGACCUUGUGAUGAAAAUCAAGAAUGUGCAAGAUUUAGUAUGGAUGGUGGUGUUUGUAAAUGUACUCGUGGUUUCUAUAUGGUUAAAAAGAAAUGUGUCCUACGUACAAUUGUUCCUGUCGUAGCUGCUUCAUAUUCCGAAUCAUUGUCCCCAAAAUAUCCGGAAACGAGCGAUGAAGAACCCGAAAAAAUUCAACUACAGAUUUCCGUUGAGUCAAAAAACAUCCAGUUACCAGAAAAUGAAGCAUCAUUGACUGCAAAUGUUGUGCCUGAUAAUGAGAAAUAUACAUACUUAUGGUCACUUGUAGAUAAGCCAGAAAAUGAUAAAAACGGCACAAUAACAGAUCAAACCAGGAAGACAGUUAAAGUGUCUAAUCUGUCUGAGGGUCUAUAUAAAUUUAAGUUGACAGUCACAGGACAGAAUAGUUUUGGUGAAACAUUUGUGAAUGUGACUGUCUUACCAGCAAAAAGACUUAACACUCCACCAUUUGUCAUAAUAACGCCAAAACAUCAAGUCAUUAAAUUACCAAACUAUAAAGCAGUUUUGGACGGAAGUACAAGCACAGAUGAUGAUAAAAUAGAUGCAUGGAAAUGGGAAUUAGUUCAAGGUCCCAUAAAUUACUCACCAACUCUACAAGAUCAAGCAACAAUCGAACUGAAUGACUUGAGAGAACCUGGAAAUUAUACAUUUAAACUCACAGUCACCGACAGUGAUAAAGCUGAAAAUUCAACGACGGCAAUAAUUCAAGUUGUUGAAGAAAUCGACUAUCCACCACAAUCAAAUGCAGGUUCCGAUGUUAUUCUAUAUCUGCCUCAUAAUAAUGUAACAUUGAAUGGAACAUUGAGUACGGACGAUCAUCAGAUUGUCUCGUGGGAAUGGACAAAGGAUGCUUCGGACGAGGCAAAGGCUGUUGAUAUGCAAAAUACACACACACCAUAUUUAUCGCUGUCACAUCUUGAGGAAGGGAUUUAUACAUUUGAGUUGAAAGUAACUGACGCAAAAGGUCAGAAUUCUACAUCGAAAGUUCAUGUUUUUGUUAAGCCACCCACAAAUCUCCCACCGAAUGCACGUGCCGGUAAUAAUGUUACAAUAAGCUUACCGCUUACGUGGAUCAUGCUUAAUGCAAAUGAAUCAACGGAUGACAUUAAAAUUACUCAGUAUCAAUGGAGGCAAAUUUCUGGUCCAUCCAAUAGUGUUAUUUUAAGUGCUAAUAGUAGUUUGGCUAAUGCAACAAGUCUUACGCUUGGCGAUUACAUUUAUGAAGUCACAGUUAUUGAUGAGAAUAAUAACAAUGCAACUGAUCGUGUGAAGGUUACAGUAAUUCAAGAGAAAAAUGCAUCGCCCGUUGCGAAAAUCAUUGGUGGGAAUCGAAAUGUUACGUUACCAUUCAGUGUGCUUGUAAUUAAUGGAAGUGCAUCAUUUGAUGAUUUAGCAAUCGUUAAUUUUACAUGGACACGUGAGAGCGACAGCUUGGCUGUUGGAAAUGUCAUUGGAAAUAGUGAUCAUGAGCCUGUUUUGCAGCUCACAAACAUAGUCGCAGGAACAUACAAAUACAAGCUAACAGUAGCUGAUGAACAAGGCUUAACAGGGUCGGAGAAAGUAACAAUAAUUGUGCUGGAAGAUCCGCUGAUUAUGAACUUAGUGGAAGUAGUUUUAACAGCACAAGCAACAUCUUUAAGUCAACAGGAACUUGAUCAACUGAAACAAAAGUUGUUGUUGCUGCUUGGUGAUGAUGUGAAGCUUAACGUCCGGCACGUGCGUAUUGAUGAGAAGACUGGCCAUGUGAUUCUCGUUUUUUAUGUGUCACGUGAAACAAAGGAAGGUACGGCUGUAAUGAAUGCACUGGAAGUGCAGCACAUAUUAAAAGAAAAGUUCUGGAAGGAUUACAGUAUACUAGGAUCAGCAAUAAAUGAAAUUCGCACAGUAAUUUGUCAGAAUGAUUGUUCUGGACAUGGCACGUGCAAUCAAGAGACACGCGAGUGUUUUUGUGAUACAUUUUGGAUGCCAGAUAUCUUCUAUUAUUGGCAUGUCACCGAGGCUAAUUGCGAUUGGUCGAUUUUGUAUGUAAUAGUUUUCAUUUUCUUUCUAUUCCUGCUUGUAACCGGCGUUUGUUGGGGUUUUGUAAACAUGUGCCGCUCACGUAAAGUUAAGCCAACGAAAGCCACCUCAUCGCGUCCAUCGAGACUUAAAAGACCUCAAAAGUAUGCUCUUCUGCAUUCCCAAGACGAUGAGUUGCCGUCAUUCAAUAGAAACACGUUAAGUGAUACAGACACUGAAGAUUCUGAUGUUUUAUUUGAAAAUAGUCGUCAGAAGAUGAAUGGAACGAGGAAUGGAAAGAGUCGAAAGCUGAAACUUGGUCGACGAAUUAAGACAUAGAAAAAUUUAUAAGCUUAAAGAAAUUUUUUUGUUUUCUUUUUUUCUUAAAAAAAGAAGAGCUUGCAAACCAAAUUUAAUAAUGUAAAAUUUAUUAUGACAGUCAGUAUGAAGGUUACCAAAUGAUGUACUUAUGAGAGUCAUAUGCAACAAAACACAUUCCUUUAUCAUGCGUGAAUACUAGAGAAAAUUCUACUACCGAUAUGACUUUAAUUGCUUUAUUUUCUCUUUAAUAUGUAGCAUGUAAGUUCAUGAUGAAAUCAUCUAGUCGAUAUUUUGUAUUAUUUAAUUGAACAUUUUUAUUAAAAACUUAUCAACUUAAUUUUAUUGGUGAAAUUUUGUGAUGCAAAACUUUUUUUUAUAUUUUUAAUAGUUUUAAUCGCAAAUAGUUUAAUGGGUAAAGGCUUGAUUUCUUUUAUGGUUGAAUUUGAAGUUAGGGAUUUUAAUUUUUGAAUGUCUUGACGUGAAAAACAUUUGACAGAUACAAGAACCUCACAACAGUUUUUGCGUCGAAUAUAUAAACUCGAAAACCUUACAACAUGUGGAAAGUUUUAAAACCCUUCAACAGCUUUCCUUUUGAACGUAUUCUUAAAACAUUACAACAUUCAGCAAAUGUCUUUAAGUCAUACAACAGUUUUAUAUUUUUUAAAACAUUACAACAGCCAAAUUUUUGGAGUAAUUUAUUAAAUUUCAAUCAACUUCAAAUUCUGACCAUAAAACAAUAAAAAUAUUGUGUUAAUCGUGCAUUGUUUUUGAUUCAAAAAAUGUCAUAUCUAGCACCGACGAUGCAUUCUUAACGAUUUUAAAAAUUAUUUCAUGAAAGAUUGUAUAAAUUUAUGGAUAAAAUUUCGAUGGAAAAUGUCGAAAGCUGAAAAAAGUUUAAAAUAAAAGUAAAGGUU